AUGGACGGUUUACGCUCAGCAAAUGAAAUACGCCAAUCAGAAGCUGCCUCUGAGCUAGCAGAAAUGCUACUUUUAGGUAACGAGGAAAGUUUACCUAACCUUCCUCUCAAAGAAAUUGUUCAUGCGCUGAUCGCUUUGCUACAAAAGGAACACAAUUUUGAAUUGAUGCUUACUGCUGCUCGGUGCAUUUCAAAUAUGCUGGAAGCUCUACCUCGGGCAUUGCCUAUAGUGAUUGAUGCUGUUCCGUAUCUGUUAGAGAAAUUGAAAAGGAUCGAAUGCAUUGAUGUUGCUGAACAGUCUUUGAUGGCCUUAGAAGUUAUGUCGAAACGAAAUGGCAAGAAUAUUAUGCUCGCGGGCGGUAUUGCGGCAACGAUAUCUCAUGUCGAUUUUUUUUCUGUUCCUUCUCAGCGAUUGGCCUUUCAAGUUGCAGCCAAUUGUGCCUCAUUUGUUUCAGCAAAUGAGUUUGCGCAUGUGCGGGACUCACUCCCAGAUCUUACACAAAGACUGUUUAUUGAGGAUAAGAGAUGUCUUGAAUCUAUCUGUUCUCUUUUUUGUCGAUUGGUGGACAAUUUACGUAACAGUGCUGACAAGCUCCGAGAGGUGGCUGGGCAGAAUUAUGCACUCCUAAAGAAUGUUCAGCAUUUGCUUCUGAUGCAACCGUGCCCUGUUGGCCCAUCAACUUUUCAGUCUCUUAUAAGAAUGUUGCGCUUUAUGGCACAGAAGUGCAGUGAUAUCGCAGUGGCUCUAAUAAAUAUGGAUUUUGCUAGAACUAUUCGGUUUCUGAUUGUCGGAUCUGAAGGCGAUGAAAGUUCAUUAGAAGUAGUAAACAGGCCUUCACAACAACUUCAAGAAUUAGUUUUUCUAGCAGGUGAGCUAUUACCAUUACUUCCAUCAGACGGGUUGUUUGAGAUCGAUAGCGUUAUGAUUCGUUCGCACUUGUCCCUCUACGAAUCAUCACAAGCACAGUGGUUCUGGAAAGAUGAUUUGCACCAGUGGCAACCGUUUAGUAAUUUUGAUGCAAGAAUCAUUGAGGCUGCACAGAUGGCAAAUGAAACAGAAAUUAGUUUGCAAAUAAAUGGCAACGUGUAUAGGAUUGAUUUCCAGCGCAUGGUGCAACAAAACCAUGUGACGGGCAAUGAAAGAGCUAUUCAAAGAAAAAAUGCUCCGUCGGUACCAAAAUCAAGAUCGAGUGGCUCGGAAGACGACUGUCGAUUAGAAUUGCUUAAGACAAAGCCAGUUGCCAUUGAGGACGUCAUAAAAUUGUUGUUUCCUAUAUUAGUAGAGAUUGAUGGCAGUUCUAGUGGUCCCGCACUACGUUACGAGAGUUUACGUGUAAUGUUGCGGAUGGUAUAUCCUUCACAGUCAGAGUUGUUGAAAAGUAUUCUUAACGAUCUGCCUGUGGCAGGACACAUUGCUAGCGCAUUAGCAAGUCCUAGGAGUAAAGAUCUUUGUAUUGUAGCUUCUGCUCUACAGCUUGUCCAUCUUAUUCUUGACAAACUUCCAGAACUAUAUGCUCCUCUUUUCAGACGCGAAGGUGUGGCUCACGAGGUGGAAAAACUAGCCAGAAUAAAGCUUGAAUCACCUGUUACAUUGCCUCCGGUCCGUUCAUCACCUUCCGUUUUAACAGAGUCGAAGGACUCUCCUUCCAGUACGAAAAGUCGUGGCAGUUUGAAGUCGCGCAGCAGUAACGGUCAUAACGACGAGCUUGUAAAUGGGAAACAAGCAACAGUUUGUGGGAGAAAUUACGGCCAGCUUCCAACUACAUCGGAAGUUGCUACAACCAGCAACGAAGGAGCUAGAGUGAUUGUCUCUUCUAGUGGUGGGAAGCAUCGUAGAAAGAGGUCUCCUGAGAGUCCAAUUUCAAAGAAGGAGUCUCGCCGCAAAGGCUCUUCUUCAAAUUUUCUUCAUUCGAUUCGCAUCCCCAGUUUCCGUAUGCCUGGUGCACUGUCUUCUCGUUCACCCAGUGAUGGUGGUGUACCGAUUGAAGGUUCUGCUGCUUCUUCAAGUGCUCCAUCAAGUUCUCACUCGACAGUAUCAACUCGACCUCGCUUGCCUUUCCCUUAUGUAGUGGGAUCUUCUCAGUUAGCCGCCUCAUACUCUUCUAUUUUAAUGCAUUCCUCUACAACGGGUCAUUCGGGUAUCCCAAUUCCCAUUAGCACGUCGUCAACGUCAUCACACGUUUCAGCCUUAAAUCAUCAACAGAAAGAAAAAGUCAGGCAAUGGAUACGAAAGGAAGCAGAACAUUUGAUGGUUACUUAUUUAUCAUGCCCUAGUAUCGGUAAUGACUCGUUAGCGACAUCUACAAUUGUUCGUAUGAGUGCGGUUGCAUCCGCAUUAACUGGAGAUAAGGAUGUUGGAUGUGCACCUCUCAAUGAAAUCAAGUCAAUAAUUUUGGAAAAUGAUGUUAGUGCCUUUGAACUUAGUCACAGCGGUGUUCUUUCUGCAUUGACUUGCUAUUUGACAAGUGCUCCUGGUGGCAUACAGCCUACUAGGAAGUUACGCCUUAAGAGAUUUUGUGCAGUUUUUAUGUCUUUAAAUGCAGACAAUUUACGACCAGCUGAUGAAGCUAAAUGCUGGGUUGCAUUUGAAGCUUUAGUUUCCAAGUUACUGGCGUCCGUGGCACAGUUGGAACAAUUUCAAGUAAAGGUCACGGAUAUGGCAGCCGUAGUGUCUGGUUCUUCUGCGAAUGCGCUUAGAGGAGCUCAGGCGUUACGUUUUUUCCAGACCCAUCAAAUCAGAUGUAAUUUGAGAAGACAUCCGUCUUGUAGAGAGUUGAAGGAAUGGAGACGCGGGCACGGAUCGAUUAAAGUCGAUCCCUUCACUUCAAUUUCGGCUAUUGAAAAGUAUUUGCUUGAUCGCGGUGUUGGGUACGUCCGAUCUGAUGAGUCAUCUGGUGAUGAUAACGAUAGUGAAGAUGAUGAGAUGCCCUCAGAGGGUUCUGUCAACGCACAGCAGAGUGGUCAGCAGCGACGAAUCGAUAUAAUAAUAAACGAGGAGAAAAUUCCAGGGCAUAUGUCAAUUUUACAAAUCUAUGCAGCAGGUAAAACUCGUUACAAAGAUGGGACAGUGAUGGGAAAACAAAGGGAUUUUAUUCUGUUUCCAGAAAAUAUAGCGAUACGUCAAUAUUCGCCAUCGAUGAUGGGAGAGAACAGUGACCAACUCUCUAUUGCGACGGGGUUAUGGAUGAAUACUCAUACCUUAUAUUACAAAGCUGCUUCCACUCCACCAUCUCCAGAAAUGACUAGCGAGUCAACGUCUUCGAAACAGUUGAAUUCGAAGAGUGACCGUAAAGAGCGACGUUCAAGAGUAGACGAACAUCUAUGGCUUGAAGGACAAAUCCCGAAAUUUGAUUGUCCGCUUGAUCGUUAUCUCACUGGGUCGUUGCCUGUAGAAAUCGAAGAUCCAAGCGUUCCAUCGCUUGUCCUCCUCCGUGCCCUUUAUGGUCUUAACAGGUUUUGGUGGUGUUUAUUCGAUGAUGAAGACAUACCUCCGAGCAGUCAUGCACCACUGUUACCAAGCACAGCGUUCCAUUCUUGUAAGUUGAAUGCAAAGUUGGGGCGACAACUUUCGGAUUUUUUGUCAGUGGCGACGCAGCAAGUGCCGAAAUGGGCGUCAGAUCUUGUUGAAGCAGUUCCGUUUAUCUUCACUUUCGCCUCAAGAAGAAAUCUUCUCUACUGCACCGCGUUUGGACGUGAUCGUGCUUUAAUGCAUUUGGUGAACCAAGCUGACGGAGGUCAUGCUGACGGAGAGAGCGGUCGUCUUACCCCUCGUCUUGAAAGGCGUAAAGUCUCGAUUCGUCGCGAGGACCUUCUUCGGCAAGCUGAGCAAGCUUUAAAUCGCUUGGGUAGCAGUAGGGCUAUGUUGGAGGUUGGAUUUGAAGGUGAAGCCGGUACAGGUUUCGGCCCCACACUUGAAUUUUAUUCUACUGUCUCACGAGAAAUUCAGAAAGCAUCUUUGAAACUCUGGAAUGGAACUCCAGUAACUUUGCAGGAUAGUGCUGCUGUACACGCUAGUCAAAACGCCAAACAAAGAGAUGCACGUUUAAGGAAAUUUGAAUUUAUAGGAAGACUUUUGGCACAGGCACUAAUUGACGCUCGAAUGUUGGAUAUACCAUUCAAUCCUAUAUUCUUUAAAUGGUUUUGCGGCGAAGAUCGUUCAUUUGGUCUUGCCGAUCUGGAAGUUCUUGAUAAGGAUUUGUAUCAUUCUUUAAGAGCUUUGGCCACAUCCACUGCUGAUGAAAUCAUAUCGUUAGAUCAAAUGUUUACAUUGCCCGGAGAUGAUAACUUUGAACUGAUUAAGGGUGGGAAGCAUCGUACAGUUGAAAAGUCGAACUUGGUUUCGCACUGGAAAUUAGUAGAGGGGGUGCGUCGUGAGAUGGAAGCUGUUCGUCGAGGGUUUGAGACCGUGAUCAAUGUCCGAGACCUUACCUGUUUUACUCCUGAUGAGAUGGAAGAGCUUUUCUGUGGAUGUUCUGAUGUGAACUGGUCACGUACUUGGAGUGAACCUGUAUUACAGACUUCGAUUAAGCCAGAUCACGGCUACAGCCAUGAUAGCGAUCAAAUUCAUUGGUUAAUACGCAUGUUGUCGGAGUAUAAUCGUGAACAGCAGCGCAAAUUCUUGCAGUUUGUUACUGGUUCUCCAAAGCUUCCUGUUGGGGGAUUUCGAUCUUUAAAUCCUCCCCUGACUGUUGUCAAAAAAUCUGGAUCAUACAGUGACAAUGAUGCUGAGUUACCGUCGGCCAUGACAUGUUAUAAUUACCUCAAAAUCCCUGCUUAUAGUUCUUAUGAAGUUUUUAAACAAAGAUUUGAGCCAGUCAAAAUUUCGUCAAGGAAGAAAAUCCCCAUUCGCCUUUCAACCAGAUUACAUUCAUCGUCUCGACAGCCCCCAUACCUCUUUGUUGCUUACGGCUUCAUUGGGCCAGGAGUAGCAAACUCUCCUUUGUACACGGUUUGUUACUACGAUGGGCCUAUAGCCAUUAGAAGACUACUGAUGGGCACAUUUGGCCGCGCCAGUGUGGUUGGGAGAGAAACCCCUUUUAAGCCAGUAAACUUAGGAAAUGACGGAGUUUCUACAGUUGGACUAGUGCAAGGCAUUUCACGGGUUGGAGGCCUAUAUCGGAGUGAGAAUGAACAUCCUGAAGAAACUGGAACGUUUGUUGAAAUACAACGCGCCAUAACCUCGUCACACUUUGGGUCUGUAAAGCUAGGAGAAUCCUAG